AACAGUCAAAUUCAUUAAAGAACCUUUUUUCGGGCCUUGAAAUUCUCAAGGUCCCUGCGAUCUCAAAAGACACCUUCGAUGGAGUUGGACAGUGCUAAAUUGCACAUUCAAAGCGCUACCGUGCGAUAUAUCCCAAAGUCAUUGAUCGGUAAAGCGCAUAUACUCUGUAACACACGCUAUUUCACUUACUCAAUUGACCACAUCUUUCAAUCAUCGGACAAGGCUCGUAACAUCUAGUCUUUCCUCUCCCCCAUCAUCCCUUGCUCAGAUGAGGAUCAAUUCUCUUUCGGCGACCCCUAUUCACUCUUUCUUAUAAAUUCAACAAUUCGACGGAUUUCACUCUCUUUUUUUCUUCUUUUCCCUCAUUAUGACAACUUUACCUAUCAAUAAGCAUCUCUUUCAAGUAUUGGAAGAAGAGCGUGAAGGAGAAGAAAUUUCUUACGAAUCUGCCAAGAGACCGAGUACAGGAUUGGACAGUAUCAAAAGUGCUUCUUCUGCAUUUUCCAAUCAAACUUGGCGCAUCAAUUCAACUGCUGGUGAAUUCUUUGACGAACAAUUUUCUGAUUCUCCAAGCUUGACACAAGGACCAUUGCUUUUAUCAAAUCAUCCUUCUACCAUCAAAACGCAAAAUUUGAAAGAAUUGGAUUCACCAGGAUUCGGUAGUACGAUCACGCAAUCCACGAGUGCAAAAUCCAAUACUUCUGGUGGCACGCAAACUACACAACAAACCGGUGAUACAAGUGUUACAAGCGCGGAUUUUGCUACGAUGUCCUUCCCUUCUCCUCCAAAUAUGACAAAUGCCGAUUCACCAUUGAUGCCAAUCAUGGCAGGUUUUCCAAUCACAAAAGGGGAGUUUCAAAGUCCUGAUCAGAACUCCGAUAGGCAACAACGUUUGGCCGAAUUACGUGCUCGUCAACAUGCCUUGUAUUUGGAACAGCAAGCAUUGGAAAUGGAAAAGACGCCCAAACAGCAAUACGAGCCACAAUUCAGCUCAAAAUCGCCAUCCCAUAAAUACUCCCCUCCUUUGGAUACGGAUAUGCAAGAUGGAAUGAAUUCGACCGUAAAGAGUCGUUCUUCCCGUAGACGAUUGGCUCCUUUACCACCACAACAGGCCUUGCCGCCAAUUCCAGCUCCUGUAGCGCCUCUGCGAGUGGGCAAAUCUAGUGCAUCUGAAACACUCAAAUCACCAUAUCAACAAGAAGACGCUCAGCAGCGCAACACAGAGGAUAUUGCAUCAGACUUUGAGAUGGCCUCACUUCGUGCUCAGGUUGCGCAAUUGCAACUUGCGUUGAAAAAACAAAUGAAUCCCGCCCCUCAACAGAUUGCUGGGAAUAAGAGAGGUGAACCAAUGGAUUUGUAUGAAUUAUCCAGUAUGCCCUUGACGCCAGCUGAUAGCCAUUGUGGUUCAAGUGAGCGAGCUUUAUCGCGCGCUCCUUCUAGAGCACGUUUGGCUGGUCAACAGUCUGUUGGACAACAUUUGAUGAGUCCUGACUUUAACAAUUCGACGCUGGAUGACUUUGGUAGAAGACUUCCGGAAUCAUCUUUAUCGCCUACUCAACGUGAUCAUUACAUGAGUCAACAGCAAAGAAGUAUCAAUGGUGCAAGUUCGAUGCGAUCUUUCAACAGUGGAACACAACGAUAUGCUAGCUCAACUUUGCACAGACAGGCAUCUUUCCAGCAAUCUCGUGAUACGUUUGGAAACUCUUUCGCCAUGAGUACGGGUAGCGCCAAUAGUGGCACGCAUUCUUCACGGUAUGGAACGAAUGAACCAUCACUCUUUAGUCAUCGCAGUAUGAUCCCAGAUGAGACUGCAUCUUCUUACUCUAGACCUUCAACAUCGGAUGAUCGUCGAGUGGAUGAAUUGUCGGCAAAGAUUGAUCGUUUGGAAGAAUUAUUGCGAUCGACAGCUCUUCAACCUCAAUCUAAGCCAAUGUAUGAUGAAUACUCUGCAGCUUUGACCCAAAUGCAAGCGAUGGCGCAAGAUGGUUCACAUGAACUUGAAUUGCUGCGCGAUAGUAGAUAUACUGAACCUCGUCAACAUGAGGUCAAUAAACAAGAACGAUUCCCGAGCCAAGACGAAAAUGAACGAAAUCGAUCUGUUGAAUCAGAAGUGCUGGUGUAUCCGCGUAUGCAACAACAAGGACAAAAUGGUGGCUAUGCACGUACGCCUUCACUUGCAAGUUCUUCUACUUCGCAAGGUGGAGCGUCAACACGGACAAGAUCGCCUGCCUCGAGUGCGUUCCAAUUCAAUGCUACGCCUUUUACACGUGGUGAACAAGCUGGCCAGAAGGAGGUUGGCGCACCUUCGAUGCGUUCAGUUGCUUCUAUGGAUAGUCAAAAUGAAGAGAAAACGGGCACAAAAGCGGAUACACAUGUUGAACAUAUUCGUAGAAAAGGUGUUGCACGAUUUAUUUUGGGUAGUGCAACGACGAAAUUAUUGGAUUCUCACGGAGGAGCAGUUCCAUCUUCACAAGUUAGUCUUUCGCGUAAUCGAACAGAAAGGAUCGAGAAGCCAAAAGUGAAAGUCAAGUCGGCAGGCAGAGGUCGAAUUGUCGUCAAACAGCCAACCAAGGCUGCUUAAUGUUUUGCGGGGUAGCUACUCCAGCCUACAAAGACUGCUUUCCGUUGCGGGGUAGUCAAACAACCACACUCGUUUCCAUUGUCACUAUCAUUUUUUUCUCUAUCUCCUCUUGUAUACUGCUGGUUUUAUUUGCUUGCUCUUUAUCUCCUUUGUUCUCUUUUGGAGUACCACUCUUUCUUAUCUAUAUCAUAAUAUACCUAUUUCCCCAAUCUUUUGUUGCAAAUGGAAAGCCAGACGUUAUCUGCACAGGUGAGACAAGGAGAACCUUGCAUGGAAAAUGGCUUCUGAUGGCUGUCUGAGUGUGGUAUAAGCGAAGUGUUGUGCAUGUGUGCGUGUAUAU